AUUAUUGCUUCACCAUGGUGGAGACUGCGGUUUUACCGAUGUUGUAUGAGUUCCUAAUAUCGGAAUCUCGUUAUGAAGCUCGUGGCAAUGAGUACCGAGCGCGUUUACGUUCGUUAUUUGAGGAAAUGCUGUUAGCUCAGCAAUCAUUUCCUCAAUUUGAUAUGGGCAUUAUUCGUUCAAUUAACAUACGUAUAAUCGAUGAAAUGGUCUCAACGGUAGGCUUUAUAGACCAGGAAGAUGUGUUUAAUUUUGGUUUAUUAUCAUAUCCUGGUAUUCGUCAUUAUGCUUACCCUGAGAUUCCAGAUUUUUGUUACUUGAAUAUGAAUUAUUUAAAGGUUUGGCAUGACUUUUUUGGUUUAUUGGACAAGCGUGAGCGUGGCAUUGCCAGUAACAAGCCCCGCCGCCACCGUGCUGAGGACGCUUUGGAGGAGUCUCCUUCUUAUACCGAUACUGAGGAAGAAUCAUCUAGUGAUAGUGAUUCCUCGUAUGAUUCGCAACAUCCUGAUGUUGUUAUAACCGCUGACGACAUACUAUGUCCACGUACAACUCCUGAUGGCAUAGAUGAAUUACUAUGUCCUAAUGUUGGUGUUCCUGCUGAUGACCCGGGAGAAGUAAAGGACAAGCGUAAUUUGCUGUGGCGUCGUAGUGUUCCCUUUUACAUGGAUUCUUCAUAUAAGAUUGACCAUGGCAACCUGGUCUUUGGUUUAAUCAACGACACGCAUUUAUCGCAUGAAUGGGCGUGUAACUCUUCAUAUGCUGCUUAUGAAUCUCGCAUCCAACGUUUUGUGAAUGCCACUAAAGAUCCUGGUGAUGAUGUUGAAGAUAUGGAUGUUGAGGACGUUGGUAUUAUGGAUGGCUCCAGUGAUAUUGAGAUGGAUGAUGCCUCGGUGCCUGUGGAACACCCUAUUGACAAGAAAAGUGAGAAUAGUGCCGAGUUAACUGAGAUACCAGUUGACAUAGCAGAUACUGAGCGUGCUGAAACUGUUACUUCUGGCCCUUUCACUGGUCUAGAUCAGGAAACAGGUUGCCUACUUGAUAAUACUACUGUCGUAAACACCUCAUUUUCGGCUGCGGAUUUACCUCCAUUUAAUCUAGUACGUGGUGCAAUGUCAAGUGCAGCAACUCCUUACAACCCAAAGUGCAUCUUUGGCAAUUACCAUUGCGACGUUCCCGCUGGUCACCAGCGUACCCUAGGAUCACCUGUGAAAUCCUUAUCACAGGACAUUCACAAUUAUACCAGGAGCUCUAUUGAUUUACGUACUACUAUGGUUAUGAGUGAUGACGGCAUUCCUCAAUUAUCUUGCGUUGGUACUCUGGGCGAACGCCAGGAAGCUGCGUCUAACCCUCGCUUGGACCGUUACGGUGACCGUCAGAUAACUUUGCAGAACCGUCUUGAGCGUGCUAUUACAGGUCUGUUCACGAUAAAGAAUGCGGUAAGUAGUGAUUGUACAGCAUGUUCUGGCUGGAGUUUGAACAAUGGUGUAUCUAUUGUUUUUUGUGAGAUUUGUGAGGAUCGUUUAUUGUAUAAAUUUGACCCAGCAGUUGUGAAUCGUUUAUUUGAGUUACGUCGUAGCUUGGUGAGUGAGCUGUAUCCAUCUCUCGGUUACACUUUUGUUAAUCACAAAGCUCGUGAUAGUUUGAAGGGUGAUGUCUGUUCAUCAUAUGUAACCAUCCCAGGUCUUUGUGACAUUGGUGGUGUAUAUCCCAAGGCUUCUAUUCAUGACGGUCGUUACACCCCUAACACUUUGGAUAUACCUCGUAAGGCACUAUAUGAGUUGGGAUCAUUGGUUUUGAGUAAUGGUGAGCUUUUUGCGUAUGGUACCAGUGGCAGUAAGCUCUUACCGCUUUGUGUUGAGCGUCGUGCUCAGCGUCUCGAAUCUUUUGACCAUUACUUCGAGGAACUAUGUAAAUUGCGUGAGCGCAAUGGUACUGGUAAAUUCCAAACUCUGUUAUCUCACGAGUUUGACAACGUGUUUAAGCGUGGCAAGGUUCCCUUUAUGAAGGACACUGUUGGUACUACUCGUCGUUUCUUCAAUGAGCUUACGUCAAGCUUACUACACAAGCUUCCUAUGGACCCUGUACUAUUACGCUCUAUGUUUUACUACGGUGGUAUAUACAUGGACCCGGCUUAUGGUGGCAAGGAUAGUCUGUCGGGUCUUAUAGUCAACGAUCGCAAGGGUCCUCGUUCGACAUCUCAAGCUCCUGUGUUACAAUGGCAUUCUGUGGCAUCUAAAUACUCCAUUGUUCGUACAUCUGGAGCUGAUAGUUCGUCAAAAUCUUAUGGUAACCGUACUAGGUACUACCGUAUGCGUCCGGGUUUAUAUCAGGAGUACGUUAAGCGUACGGGUAUAUUGGCCCGUUUACCUGCGCACGUUAGGGAACGUAUUGAAACUUCUGGAAACUUGAGUUUUGGUUUCCCUACAUCAUUGCAGAUGCAUAUAGCGGGUAUACCUGACGUUGUGCUUGACCCUCACCACUUCUCCAGGCCUGGGAUGUCAUUUUUCUUUUCAAUGCCUGGUUUAUUGCAGAAUUUAGCUGCUUUAUGUUUAUUUAUGUGGGGAUUUGACCAACCAAUUGCAAAUCCGAAGCGCCGUGCUAGUGAGAAUAUUUCCGGCCGGCCUGUUCAUUGAUCACUGUCUACUAUGAAUUGG